AUGCCGGACCUACGAACAAGCCACGGCCUUGCCGAAAACGAAGGCCUGAAGGAUAUGAGGAUCAGAGACUUGUCUCCUGUACGAGAAAUAUUCGCGACGCCCGCAAAUGAGCACUUCUUGGAACAGUACUCCUACCAGGACCUCGACCAUUCUGAGCAUGAAAUUAGAUUGGUCCAUGUAUUCAAGAAAACUGGGGAUGACUUGAUCCACGCCAAUCUUCUUCCACCACAGAAGCUCACAAAUAUCAGUGGGAAAUACCACACAAUAUCCUACUGUGCAGGGAGCGCUAGAAACACCAGGGCUAUUGUUCUACAAGGAACCAAGUUCAACGUGUUUGCCAAUCUCGAUUGUGCUUUCCGAGAAACACUGGCAUAUUAG